GACAGUUUGACCUUCAAGUGCUCGCAACCCCCAUCAGUGGACGAUACUCUAGGAGCGUUGCCCACGAUUUCUCACCACACUACCUACUUCUAGUUUCUAUCCCAAGAUUAUAGUGAUCUAAGGCUUGUGUUACUUCCAAUUGUUGUUGAUUGCUUUCCUUGAUGCAACAUUCGUCACUUUCGCUACUUUGCAUGCUCCAUUAGUACACGUAGCACCUUCUGGCUAAAUACGUACCGCUACGUCAAUGGCAAGAACUUGCCGGUAUCACUAUGGUAAUUAUGAAGUAUAUGAUAUCGCCGACUAAAAAAUGCCUUAACACCAACUAAUGAAAAACGACUACGAUAAUAAUUUAUCCUUGGCAACUGGUGGUUUCGAUCAUACUAUCCGAAUGUGGCAACCGAGCACUGGAAAAUAUAUCCAAGGUUUUCAGCACAAUGAAUCACAGGUAAACGCUCUUGAAUUUUCCCGCGACGGUCAGUACCUAGCAGCUGGUGGGUAUGGUCGAGUUCGUAUCUAUGAUGUUCAGGGUCCCGCAACACCCUUCGUUAUGGUUUCAGAUUUCACGAAAAAUGUAAACACAGUUGGCUUUAAUGAUACAGGGAACUGGAUGUUUGCAGGAGCUGAAGAUCGUGUAGCAAAGAUUAUAGAUUGGCGAGCCGGUGGAAAUCUGUGGAUAACACGUAUUUACCAGACGUCCUCGAGCAUUAAUACAAUGUUGCUUCAUCGCAAUCAACAUGAAAUUCUCAUCGGAACAAGUAAAGGAGAAGUUAUAGUUUGGGACCUUCGCAACAAUGCGGCUAAUUGUAUAUGCAUUGAUGGCCAAAUUGAACCCAUUCAUAGUUUAUCUAUUGACCAAGAAGUAACUUCAUUAGCUGCAGUUAACUCUGCUGGUCAACUUAUUGUUUGGUCUUUAACAGGUGAUUCUGCUUGGAAACCUAUCGAAAAACAUCGGCAGAAAGUACAUCCAACUUAUGUUCUGAAAGUGCAGUUUUCGCCAGAUAGUACAUUGAUAGCUACCGGGGGAGGUGAUGGAAAAUUUAAUCUUUUAAAGACUGCUGAUUUUAGUUUAGUUACAACGCGACAGGGUAGUCCAUCAGGUCAUCACUGGGUUUGGGAUUGCGCAUUUUCGGCAGACUCUCGCUUUUUGCUCACUGCGACUUCCGAUGGAGUUGCUCGCUUAUGGAAUUUGGAGACAGGUGAAGUACCCGUUGAAUACAAAGGACAUCAGAGAGCAAUCACUUGUAUGGCCUUCCGUGAUCAUUCCUUGAAGUCUAUGUAGUCUUUAACUCAAUGAAAACUAGAUGUAUAGUAUGAAAACAAAUCCUUGAUCUUAUGCAUUUUUACUUUUUUUAAAGCUGUUAUAAACGUGAACUUCUGAGCUAUUUGUAAGUGUCAAUUUAUUUUCUUAGCAUGGUACAGCAGAUGUUAAUGCUUGCAAAGUGCCGCUGUUUAUAAUACAUCAGAUUUCCAAAUUAGAUUACAACGUCGAAAAAUUCAAUUUAUGUGAAUUGAUAGAUGAAUGAACCUUUUAUGAUUUCAAACGAUUUAUACUUUUUACAGUAAUGGACUUACUCUAGUAAGAAUUGUAAAAUAAGGACCUUGUUGUGUGGAUCCGCAUUUUUCCACUUGUGUAAAAGUUAUUUAGACCCAUGAGUUGUAGUCAUUACGCUUUCCGAAGUUUGUUUGUCACGCAGGUUUCUGUAGUUGUUUUAUAGUUCACAAACAGAUUCGUUCUUGGGCCGAUAUGUUUCAUUGAAAUUAUGGGCUGACCGAUGGUCUACAGUCUAAGCGUUUGCAUACGACACUGAAAGUUAUAGGAUCAUUUCUGGUUCCUUGUGUGAGCACGAAACACUCGUGCUUUUUGGUCUGGGUCCGCGCAACCAUUGUAACCAGUGGUUGGAGACUCUGGUUGACAUUGCUCAGAAUUGAUCACAAGGGCGUAGAUGCAUACACUCUUUGUCUUCCCUUAAACCAUGUGAUUAAAAUUGCUUUAUACCUUUCUUUCUAUGGACUAAUUCCUUCUUCCUGUAUUAUAUCCUUAUACGCGAUCUUUCUUUAAAUACAUUACUAUCAUUGAAGUAA